UAAUACUCCAGUCUUUUCUUAUAGUAACAGAAGCAGGAUGUUGUGUUGUAGUUAAAGCCUUGAACUCACUUACCUUUGUGAUUGUUCAAACUCUUUGAGCUCAAAAGGAAUAGGCAGAGUGUAAUCAUAAAUGUAAUCAAGUUUCUUCGCACGUCGAUAAUAAUAUGCAAUCUUAAGAAUAGUCGCCAGAUCUACCCCAUCCUCCUAACAUAUGUAGAUCAAUCGUACUGUAGAUUAGUAAACUAAAUACAAUGUUUGAUUCAAACAUGCAGAAGAUGUGAGAACCUUAACAAGAAGCGGAACUGUCCAUUAUUCACAAACUCAAGGACUUCACAUUUUGGCAAUGCAUAACGGAGUCUAUCAGUGUCUUCUUUUUUCAGUAACCAUUGAUCACGUCCACUGCAACAUCCAUAGCCGUAUUAUAGCUACCACUUAGCUUCUUUACAAGCAAAAAGAUCGGUGAACUUCAACUUUAAAUUAAUAAUGGAAAUAAAUAACUUUAUGAACCUGAGAAGUAUAAGUGUUUGGGUUUUAACUGUGUACACAUCUGCAAAACAAGAUCAAUCUGAUUUAGUACAGAAAUGAGGUACUAUGAAAGGAGUCACUUGACAACCGAACAAAAAAAACAAAAAGGAAAGCAAGCCAUCACUUUAGCAUCUUCAACGACCUGAUUCAACCCCUUAGCUCCUUCAACAGCCAUCUCUUUAGCUUCUUCUACAUGCAUCACUUUCUUCAGUCAUUCUUAGAACUCCUACAAGUAAACGAUACACAAAGAAGACAUCACAUAUACAAACUACAUAACUCACAAGUUAAACUUUUUUGCUAGUCAUCAGCCAUUUCACCUCGAACCCAUUUUCUACUGUGAUGUUUGCUUGAUUUGAAUGUAAGUUUUCACAUACGACAAAAGCUUUAUCAUUAUUUAACUACACAUCAACAAAUUUUUCUUUUGUUAAUAUUCAUCCAAGAUACUAUAAUUUCAAGUUACAAUAAAAAUAUUGAUAUGAAAUAGAUAAAAAAAACUCACAGUGCUGCCAUCAGUUUAUGGCAAGGGUCUCUGUUUUCUUUGCAGCUUCUUCAAUCUUUCUUCCUCGUUUCCCAAGCUCUCGUAACUCUCUCUCUCUCACUUUCUCUCUCCAAUGGCAGCGGUGAAAUUAAGCAGAAACCAGUACGUUUACGUGGCAAAGCUCGCCGAGCAAGCGGAGCGUUACGAGGAGAUGGUACAGUUCAUGGAGCAAUUUGUCCCAGAGGAGAAUACGGUGGAAGAGCGAAAUCUACUCUCAAUCGCGUACAAGAACGUGAAAGGAUCUAUAAGCGCCGCGUGGAGGAUCGUAUCCUCAAUCGAGCACAAAGAAACAAGCCCUUUAGGGUUAGUUUAGUCAUUGUAACUACACAUCUUAGGUAUUUAUGAAAAUGUUCUUCUAUUGAAGGUAAAGUUGAAUAAUGGUACUACAUAAAGUGUAAACGUGAAAUUUCUCCUAUCAAAUUAUAGACAUUCUUAUAUUAUUCAGUCUAAUAAAAAUCUAACUAACAAGAUUAUCUUAUUUUAGUCUGAUUGUAAUAUAUUCUUUUGAUUUAUUUCUCCACCCUGAACACUCCCGUCCACAAACACAAAAGUCACAUGAGCGGAAAACAUCACUCAGGGGAUUGACCUUCUCCCAAUCUAACCCGGGCUGCAUCGUCAUGCAACGCUUGUCCAUGGGAGCGGUCCACUCCAUGGGCGCGGCCCACUCCAUGGAGAGUAGGUCACUCCACCACUCGAGAAUUGGGCUUCUCCCAAUCUUACCCCAUGGUCCAUCCACAUCACCGGAGAAUUGUGCUUCUCCCAAUCUAACCCCGAGACGGACACAUACUCAAAAGCAUUAGUCUAGAUGCAACACAACUCAAACCAGCAUGAGGGAGAUCCUCCUCUAACCUCCAUGCAACACACAUGUAGACUAAAUGCACGACACACACACCCACUUGCCCUAGUCUAGACAACAACACAAAACACAACUGGCAUGAGGGAGCUCCAUCUCUAACCUCCAUGCGACACUUGUUCUAGACACAAAAAUUCUAAAUCGAGCGACACACUAAACAACUACCCGACAUAAGAAAGAGUCUCACUCAAAUCUCUAUGCAAUCCGAACUACACUACAUGCAAUGCAUAUGAACCGGCAUGAGAAGAGUUUCACUCAAAUCUACAUGCUACACAACACCAUAACAUAUGCAACUACAAAACUAAUGAUGCAUGCAUGUAAUCUAACCACUUAACAACACAAUGCAUAUCAAUCAUGGUAUCACCCUUAGACAACCAUGUUCACAACAACAAGACAAGAUCUGUAUAACCAUAACUAUAACAUGCAUUAUAACUAAACAGUCAAGCAUGGGUUCUACCAACUCCCACACGCACACACAUAAACCGCAAAGGCGGUCCUAGAUCAUGAACCCUCACGGUUCAAGUUCUCCAACCUGCAUACACACACGGUUAGCAACACACAACACACACACACACAUGGAACCCACCUAGGUUUUCACAACCCGCACAACACCUCCAAAAGCGAAAGACCACAUCUCCUAUCACAACACAACAGAUCCUAGGACAAGGAUCAACACAUGGAAAAGCCUCCUACACUCUCCUCACUCACUUAGAAAUUUUUAUCAGUUUUUGCCAUUUUCUCUCUCAAGAACAAACCAUAAGAUCGACUGAGAGAGAAGGCACAGGGGGUUUCUAAACUUCUAAAACUCAUCCUAAGGGUCCUAUUUAUAGCCAAAAAGUAUUGUGGGAACACUUGACAUGUGUAGUUCCACUUGUCACCAAAAUGCAUUCCAAAAGCUCCCAUGCAUGAAAGUACACUGAAUCAAACCAUUUACGUCCCAUCUUCUAGAAAUUAAACCACCUUCCCAUGUAGGUUCACUGUACCCAAAAUCAGAACGAAACUUGACUCCCAAGUUAAGUUUCCACCUCACCACUUUUUAGCUCCAAAAUGGCCUUUAAGCUUAACACAUGUGAAACCUACUUCGUAGGAUUGUCUCCCUUGCUCCUGUAGACUUCAGUGUGUAGGGGAAGAACCAAUGCAUGGAAUUUUUCGUGCCUGAUAUGUUGCCAUUAGCCUUCUCCCUUCUUAACCAAACCACACAAAUGGCCCAUUUUGACACUUUCGGGUCAUUAAUCUUCCAAUCUGUUUUUCUUGUGCUCCAGCCCAAUCCAAUACUUCCCCUGAGUCCUAAAUAAAGCUUAGAUGUCGUGGGUUUCAUGUAGAAAAUCCUUCCUUCAGCCCAUAGUUUCCAUUACCCAUUGUAGUCCAUUUCGGGAACAAAUGGUAUCUCCAUGUCUUCUUGCUCUCUAGAUGUGUUUUGCCCCUGAUUUCUUCACCAUAAAAUUCAUUGAUUUAUUACACACCAUGUCCAAGAUUGAAGGAAUUUGGUCCCCUCCACGUGGCAUGCUCCUAUUGAUUGCUCGGAUGGGUUAUAUGGACCAAUGGGGUUCUUUCUCUCUCCUUUGACUUUACUUGACUUUGACAUCUGAGUUGACCAUUUCCAGAAGUCAAGAAAAUGUGUAAAAUAUUUCUAUGAACUCCUUUUCCAUGUUUACACAAAGUUUGGCCACAUUUGCCCUCAACUAGCUCGUUUCUACCAUAUCGGCCAAAACCGUCUUCCUCCGGACUAUCUUGGUCUUCCUCCUAAUCAUCUUGGUUUUGUCUUGACCAGACUCUAAAAUACCUUAAAUAUGGUUUCUAAAUUGACUCUCUAACUCAUGUAUUCAUAGUAGCCACCUUCGUCUUCUGGCCGUCACCAAACCUCUACGUAGACCAUCUCUGAAACCUCUACUGACCAUCUCCUUAUAGGCCCGUACAAAUUUGAUUCUGAUUCGACAAAACAUCUUCCACUAACCCAACUUGAUGAUUGAGAUUGAGUAUUACUUGAAUUGUUGACUUUGGAAAUUCUCCAUGCUCAGCCAUGACCCUUUCGUAGCUCAAAUUCUAUCUAUGCGAUCAAAUCUGAUUUUUUCCUCUACCGUUCUUCAAAACUCCUCGACCAAACCUCUAGUCAUAACUCUAUAUAGCAUAAUACUCCAAAUGUUGAUCGAUCCUAAUUUGUUGACUUUUUGUUGACUUGAUUCCCUUGAGCAAGGUAUUACAUUAUCCCCUCCUUAAAUGAAUUCGUCCCUGAAUUCACAAGGUACUUCUAUCUUCUUCUACCACCUUCUGAACUUUGCUUCGGCUUCCUCGAUCUGUUCCUUGGUUCUAUGUUAUCGAUGUCACUAUUUGCUUCUACCAUCUGCUUCUUUCUUUUACUACUAAUGCCACCAUUUGAUAAUAAACUCUUCGACCACCGUCUACUCACAUCACAACUCCGGCUUGUCGUGCGAUCAACUCCACAAUUUCUUUACUCGAAAUUUCCAUUCUUGUCUCCCCUCCAUGGAAAGGACUUCUUCUUGAUCACCGGCACCAAAUUGCCUCCUUGUUUGGGCUUUCAUCUUCAACUCCUCUCAUCCUCCUCUGGUCUUACACCUGAUUAGGCUUCAUCUUUUAUUCUCGUCAUAUUUUUUUUUCUUGGCUUUACACCGUUUGGGCUUCACCACUAGACUUCUUCGGAUUGGUCUUCCACUUGACAUCUCUUCCCUGACUCUUCGGCUUUUUGCUCUUCAAUAACUUUUACUUCUUGAGGCAUCACCAUUCCAAAUACACCAUACACUCUAGCCUCCAUGCUUCCAUUACGGUCUCGGUUGCUUCUUCACUAGCUCGACCACUGAUUACUUUGAUCUUGCACACUCGCUGCCGGUGUUUACUACGGUCGCCUCUGGUUCUAGAUUUUCUUCAUGCACGCACAAGUCUUCCUGAGUACACCUUGUCAAGGUUUGUGUCCUUCCGACACCACACCCACUUACAACACAUCACAUGGCUAUAAAUAAGGGCCGGCUUCCAAAACUCUAGGGUUCACUCUCUCCUAAAAAAAACAAGGUUUCCUAAAGCGAAGCUUAACUACCUCAACUUAGCAAGGUCUACACACUACACAACACUUGCUACCCGGACACACAGUCCUCAAUGCCACAACAAAGAAGGUUGCACACGCAACACAACAACAAAACAAAACAACAACCACAACACCCAAAGAGAAGGAUCAGCAACCACCUACCUUAGCUCCCACGAGCUCAACGACGAGGGUUCCUAGAAUGGCCACGGUUUCUAUGGUUCUAUCUUCCCGUUGCAGAUGAGGCUGGUCGAGCAGGGCUGGCAGGGGGAACGACGGAGAUGUGUAUGGCUUAGAUCACGCUGGUCAUUAGACAAUCUGCGACAAAGUGUCCACGAGUUUCACACGAGGUGCAGAUCAGGUAAGCAUUCAAGUCCGGCUGACUCCUAAUCCUGGUGCACGCCCGAGUAUGAUGGUCGCCUGCUCCACACACAUUGCUUUCUCUUCCGGUUGGAAUGUCGCGAGAGUCUUGAACAUUUGAUGCUGGUCCUCCACUAGUACCUCCUUUUUCCACUUGUCCUCCUAGAGCUCCACUUGUUCUGGUCAUCCCAUUCUGAGUACCCUCCAUCAUCUAAACUUCCCUCUCGGUCUCUCGUUGAACUUCCUUGUCCAGUUCCCUUGCUUCUGUUCCAACUUCCGGAUUGGUUGGUGAUGACUCCAUUGGCAUUGGCGAGUAAUGGUACUCGUAGUAUGGGUCAAAUAAUUGUCCAAUACUUUCCAAGCUGAAAUCAAUAGAUCCUCCAAGUGAGAACGCUGGACUCCAAGCUGGCAUCAGGAUCCAUGGACUGGUCUCUCGGGAACUGAAGUCGGCAAUGUUGAUGGCCACCGUGCUGUCUGAUGAGAUCUCAAUGAUUUCCAGCGGUGGUUGUUCAAUUAUCUCCACAUCGGAUGAAUUGAUCUCCAUUGCCUCCCACAACUCAUUGCCAUAGCCGUACUGGAAGUUGAAUGAGUCGGAUGAUGCUUGUGGAAUGGCUUCCAUGCUUUGGAAAAAGUUCAUACCCUCCAAAUGAUCAGAUUCUUCUUCAAUCUAUUCAAGUACCUCAGCUUCCUCAAACUCGGAUGACCCGGUCUCAUGCAAACUCUCGGUUCUCUCGACCACAUUCUCAUUUUCAAAGUUGGAAUCAGACUCUGACUCGCUGGAUGAGCUCGAUUCACUUGACCCGUCAUAACCGGCUGCUUCAGUCACUUGCCCAACUUUUCGUAACCGUACCACAUUUCCCAUCCUCGAUCCACUCUCGCCCUGUCGAUUACCAACACCAGAAACUGCAACACAAGAUAAGAAUGAGAUCCUAAAUUCCCAAAAACUGAUCUAACAUAUCUAGUCCUAAGAAGAGGACGUUCCAGUUCCCUAUUGACGUUGUUUGCGAUUCCUUUUGACUCGAUAAAACAUUUGAAAACCCACAAACGAAAGCACGGUAUCUCAACCAUGCUCUGAUACCACCAUUUCUAACACCCACGGACCGUCCUAGGUCGGACUAACCCAGAACGACCCGAAAGUGUCACAGUUUUGACGAGUACCGUAGUCAGUCCGACCAACAAUUUAAACAAAUUCAAAAUCUCGACCAGUCCGGCCACAAUACUGUCCCUCUCGACCUUGGCCUAAGGCUUACCAACCCGUACCUCGGCCAAGAGUUGUGUUAAGUUUGGACAAAACUAUAUAUCAGGGUUCUACGGGGAUUUUACUAAACAAACAUACUUUAUUUAUUUCACAAAGUCGGGAACUCGACUAAAGUCCUCAAAUACAACAACAAAGAGAAAAUAACGAGUCAAACGGUACCAAUAAAAAUCAAAACGAGUGAAAACAUAAACAUCUUGCUCCUUGCAAACAACACCAGAAAACUACGCUGGCCUCGUCCUCCUAACCCCGCAACCGCACAACCCUAUACGGUUACCUGCAAAGAAAAGGGGGGGGGGUGAGCAAUCAUAGAUUACUCAGUGAGUUCCCAAACACAGAACAACAACGACCCCUCCCCUUUGCGCAAACACAAACACAACAACAAGAAAGCAAUGCGGAAGAGUAAACGUGCAACUACUAAAGCAAUGCAAUAACUUAAACAUGAAUGCAAUCGCUCAAACAUGAAUGCAAUGCAAUAACUCUACUCCCCAAUCUCAUCCCGAGACCUAACUACAAACCACACGACAAUCUAGACUCAAUCCUAGACAAAAAACAAAACACUCGAAGGACGGAGCCUCGCUCUACACAUCCCGGGAUCCCUUCACAACCCGGAGCGCUAUCCUCUCCACCCUGAACACUCCCGUACACUAACACAAAACUCACAUGACCGGAAAACAUCACUCUGGGGAUUGGGUUUCUUCCAAUCUAACCCGGACUACAUCGUCAUGCAGCGUUUGUCUAUGGGCGCAACCCACUUCACGUUGACAAGCCGUGGAGAGUAGUUCACUCCACCACUGGAGAAUUGGGUUUCUCCCAAUCUAAACCCAUGGUCCACGCACAUCACCGGAGAAUUGGGCUUCUCCCAAUCUAACUCCGAGACGGCCACACACUCACAAGAAUUAGUAUAGAUGCAACACAACUCAAACCAGCAUGAGGAAGCUCCACCUCUAACCUCCAUUCAACACACAUCUAGACUAAAUGCACGACACACACACCCACUCGCCCUAGUCUAGACCACAACACAAAACACAACUAGCAUGAGGGAGCUCCAUCUCUAACCUCCAUGCGACACUUGGUCUAGACUCGACAACUCUAAAGCGAGUGACACACUAAACAACUACCCGACAUAAGAGAGAGUCUCACUCAAAUCUCUAUGCAACCCCAACUUCACUACAUGCAAUCCAUAUGAACCGGCAUGAGAGAGUUUCACUCAAAUCUACAUUCUACACAACACCAUAACAUAUGCAACCACAAAACUAAGGAUGCCUGCAUGUAAUCUAACCACUUAACAACACAAUACAUAUCAAUCAUGGUAUCACCCAUAGACAACCAUGUUCACAACAACAAGACAAGAUAUGCAUAACCAUAACUAUAACAUACAUUAUAAUUAAACACUCAAGCAUGGGGUCUACCAACUCCCACACGCACACACAUAAACCGCAAAUGUGGUCCUAGCUCAUGAACCCUCAUGGUUCAAGCUGCAUACACACAUGGUUAGCAACACACAAGACACAUACACAGAGGUCCACCUAGGUCUUCACAAGCCGCACAACACCUCCAAAAGCCAAAGACCACCUCUCUUAGCACAACACAACAGAUCCUAGGACAAGGAUCAACACACGGAAAUACUCUCCUCACUCACUUAGAAAUUUUUAUCGUUUUUAGCCAUUUUCUCUCUCAAGAACAACCCAUAAGAUAGAGUGAGAGAGAAGGCACAUGGGGUUUCUAAAAUUUUAAAACUCAUCCUAAGGGUCCUAUUUAUAGCGAAAAAGUAGGGUGGGAACACUUGACAUGUGUAGUUCCACUUGUCACCAAAAUGCACUCCAAAAGCUCCCAUGCACUAAAGUACACUGAAUCAAACCAUUUACGUCCCAUCUUCUAGAAGUUAAACCUCCUUCCCAUGUAGGUUCACUGUACCAAAAAUCAAAACGAACCUACUCCUUAGGCUUGUAUCACUUGCUCCUGUAGACUUCAGUUUGUAGGGGAGAACCACUGCAUGGAAGUUUUUGUGCUGAUAUGUUUUCACAACUCAAUCUGGCAUCCUUUUCCCUCAACUAGCUCGUUUCGACCAUAUCGGCCAAAACCGUCUUCCUCCGGACUAUCUUGGUGUUCCUCCAAACCAUCUUGGUUUUGUCUUGACAAAACUCUCAAAUAUGUCCUAAAAUACCUUAAAUAAGGUUCCUAGAUAGAUUCCCUAACUCAUGAAUUUAUAGUAGCCACCUUCGUCUUCUAACCGUUACCAAACCUCUGCGUAGACCAUCUCUGAAACUUCUACCGACCAUCUCCUUAUAGGCUCGUACAAACUUGAUUCUGAUUCGACCAAAUGUCUUCCACUAACCCAACUUGAUGAUUGAGAUUGAGUCUUACUUAAAUUGUUGACUUUGGAAAUUCUCCAUGCUCGACCAUGAUCCUUUCGUAGCUCAGAUUCUAUCUCUGCGAUCAAAUCUGAUUUUUGCUCGACCGUUCUUUAAAACUCCUCGACUGAACCUCUAGUCAUAAUUCUAUAUAGCAUAAUACUCCAAAUGUUGGUCAAUCCUAAGUCAUUGACUUUGCGUUGACUUGAUGUCCUUGACCAGAGGUAUUACAGGACGGUCGAAAGAGCUCUUAAAAAUUUGUUUUUAGAACCUAAUCCUAAUCUCUUUCUUCACUUUUUAAUAUUUUGUUUAGUUUAUUAGUUAGAACUCCGAACGAGAACCUCUCAGUGAAAGUCUAUUACUAUUAUAUGCAAAACAGUUUAUCAUUUUAAUAUUCAUCCUAAGGUUCAUUUUAAUUUUUAAGGAAUGGAUUUUUUACUUUUUAUUUUAUCUUUGUAACAUGAAAUUGUUACAAAUCUUAAAAACUAUUUGUAGCACUAAAUUAAAUAUGUGCUAAUUGAAGAGUUCCCUGGUAAUCUUUUCCUGAAGGAUUGUGAUACAACCAAAAUUUGCUACACUAAAUUUACUGGACCAAUAGUCAAUCGAUAAAUAGAAUUAUCAAAAGAUUGUGAUACCGACAUGAGAUCGUUGUCAUAUAUGUAGAUUUCUUAAGGCCUUAUAAAAAGUGUUCCUUUUGGGUCUUCUAUUACGCAAACAAAUAUUCAUUUGAGACUAAAGUAGUUCGAUAAAUUCAUAACUCGGAGGUCAAGAUUGAAUUGAGAAGAUUCAGAAUUGAAAAAUCUGUUAGAAGCUAUUCUGAUAAUCGAUCGAUUUGAGAGAGAAAACCUAAUCCUCUUUUCUUUCUAUCAAUGAUCGAGCGAGUGAAAAAUACUAAUGAAAUGGAACGGCAUCGUCCCCACUCGGACAGUUUGCUGGUAAUUAAAAGUCUGGUCCAACAUUAUAUUCAGUUUCGUUUGGUCCGGCCCAUCAAUAUCCAAAUUUAUGUUCUAAUUAUCAAAUAUUGCAAGCUUUUGAUUUCCUAAAUGUUACAUAUAUAAAUUGAACAUUUUUCAUAAUUUUCACCUUGCGGAAGGCGCAGGUUUUAUCCUAAUUUGAAGUUAUAGAUAGAGACGGCACCAUCAAAUAUUUUUUUGUGAUGUUAGACUAUGGGGUUGUUCGUUUCUCCCUCUAUCAUCUCCAUCUAGCUGCUCAAUCUAUAUGAUCCAUCCAAAUGAUCCAUCCAGAUUUUAGGAGCUGUUCGUUUUCUCAUCUAGAUGAGUCAUCUGGAUGAUUUUUAUGUUUGUUUCUUUAUUUCUAUUUUCAUCCAAAUGAGUUUAAUAAACAAAUUACAAAUAUACCAUUGCUUUGAUUUAAUCAUAUGUUUGAUAUUAAUUUUAACUAUACUAACUUUUAUUAUUUAGUAUAAAAUAUAUUUACACUGAAAUUUUUUAAAAUUAACAUUUCACAUUAAUAGAUUUUUAUUUCAUAUAAAUUUAUUUAUUUUGGCGGGAAAAUGCGUUUUUUGGUUUUGGCAGGAAAAUACGUUUUUCGGUUUUGGCAGGAAAUCGUUUUUACAGUUUUACCGGAAAACUUGCUUUUACGAUUUUAGCGAAAAACACGUUUUUACAGUUUUGGCAAGAAAAUACGCCAUUACGGUUUUGGCAAGAAAAUACGCUUUUGCGGAUUUGGCGAGAAAACGCGUUUUGUGAGUUUGGCGGAAAAAUGUGUUUUGCGGUUUUUGCGAGAAAACACAUUUUUACUAUUUUGGCGGGAAAACGAGUUCUGGCAGGAAAACGCGUUUUUGCGGUUUUGGCGGAAAAUUAUGUCUUGUGGGUUUUGGCGGAAAAAUGUGUUUUGUAGUUUUAGUGGAAAAUUCUUUUUUUUUGUGGUUUUAUCGUUUUUCAUGAGUGAUAAAAUGAUAUUAGGUUUGAGUUUGUAAUUGUUAAUUACAUGGGGGUGUAAAAUACAUUGUACCAUUUUGACAAACCCAUUUCUAUCUAGAUUAUCCAAUUGGGAUCAGCCAGCUGAUUUUCAAAAUUAAACCUAAAUUUUUAAAACUUAUUCAGAUGAGUCAUCUAGAUAACUUGUACUUUUAAUGCCUAAAUAAACAAAACUCUCAUAUUCAUUCAGAUGGCUCAUCUAGAUGGAGAAACGAAAAACUCCUAUCUCCAAUGUAUUUUGUUAGUGUUUUAUAAAAUAUAAUAAUUUUAUAAUAAAAUUGGGAUUUACUCUUAAAUAUUUCUUUACGAAAACGAUCUCUAUUUGAAAUAUAAAGUUUCCUCUAUAAUUGCACUGAGUACAAUGUAUCUAGCACUACCUUCUAUUUAACUACUAAAUCACGCUGAUUGCCCCUCAAUGUGUUUGUAUUGAUGUGACUAAAACGUACCUUGACCAAUGUUUAGUCACCCAAAAAUUGAUAUCAUGUACACAUGAGUGUUUUUUCUUCAAAAACGAUUUAUCCUUUUAAUAUGUAGACGUACACUUUACUCAAAACAAUCUCACGCGGCCUUUAAUAUCCAAAAACCAUACUGAUUAGCAUACAAACAUAUACAUAUGCAUACAUAUAAAGCAAACCCUUCCCUUCAAUCUAAAGCCUUCAUCGAGCUAAAGAAAAUUUAUAUCUCAUGAUCAACUUAAUUGAUGUCUUCCCCUUCACAUCUUCUUCUCAUUUUCUCGCAACAACAACAAAUAGGAGAUCAAUAACUCAUUCAAGAUCAAAAAUGGCGACAACAACAACAUUCUAUUUUCCCUCUCUUUCACUAAUAAUAAUAAUAAUCAUAUUAUUAGUCUCCUUCCUUCCUUCUCAUCUAAAAGGUUCACCCUCCACUAGUAGUACUACUCAAGAACGUUUCAAGGGAUCUUCAAAGCUUCUCGAUCUCCUCCUAAGAGAUUACACUCUAAACUCUUUCAAGAACCAACAUUACACAAUCAAGACCGGCGUUCUUCGGCGUAUUCAUCUCCCUUCUAACUACUCCGGCAUAAAUCUCGACGCUAUCAGGUUCCGUUGUGGGAGUCUCCGGCGAUAUGGAGCUCAGCUCCAAGAAAUCCAUAUCGGUGUCGGAGCGGUUCUUGAACCGUGUGGUGAACGUCUUGUGGUUGUGAGACAGAUCUUGGGAUCAAAAUGGUCUGAUAUCUAUUACAGGAACUAUGAUCUAUCUGGUUAUAGACUUAUCUCUCCUGUUCUAGGACUCUUAGCUUAUAAUGCCAUAAACGACGUUUUGGGUAAUAAUUUGAGCAGCUCUUAUCAGAUAAGUCUUCUCCUAGACGAUGCUAAAGAUCCGUCCACAGUUAAUUUCGGAAAUAUUUCUGGACCGUCGAUGGUAGAGAGAACGUUCUUGAAUAAGCCAAUGUGUGUGACUUUCGGGCUAGAAGGGAAAGUAAUGUUUGCGGGAGAAGUGAAGCCGUAUGUCUGCGCCGUUAAAACUAACGGACAUUUUGGUUUAGUGGUGACGGAUGAUCAGGAUUCGUCCAAAUCAGGCGGUGGAGGAGAAAAUGAGAUGAAGAAGGAGAAGAUUGGACGGUGGAGAUCGGUUGUUGGUGGGCUUGUUGGAUCGGUGACGGUAGGGGUGGUGCUUUUAGGGCUUGUGGUGGCGGGGGCUGUUGUGACGGCGAAGAAGCGGAGGAGAAGAGCAAAAAGGGAAGAGAAGGUGAGAAAAGCUUAUGAAGAAGAAGCUCUGAGAGUAGUGACAAUGGUGGGGCAUUCUAGGGUUUUUGUUGCUUCUCCUACAAGGACUUUGCCUGGUUUCGUGGAACAUGAGUGUGUUCCUAAUUAAUUAGUUUAAUUUACUUACGUUUGGUUUCCUUUUUAUUGUUUCCCGUUUCUUGUAAAAAUGUUUUAUUUAAAUAUAUAUGCUUUUUUUGUAACUGAUUUAAAUAUAUACUAGGUGGUUGUCCGCGAUUUCACAUGUAUAAACAUUUUAUAAUGAAAAUUAUAUAUUAUGUUGAAUAGUAAUUAUAACUAUUAAAAAUAACAUUUUUAUUUUAAAUAGUUUAAAUCAAAAAUUUUGGUAUUGUAUAGUCGUAGAAGAUUAUUGAAAUAUAACGAUAAUUCUAUAAAUUUUAAUAUAAGUCUCCAAAAAUAUUUUUAUGACAUAAUUUGUGAUUAAUAAAAAACCCAAAGAUUAAUGAACAAAAAGUUAUUUUAUAACACUUUCUACUUUCGCAUUAUUUUGUCUACCACUUUAUUUUAUUUAGAAGUAAAAUAGUUACAAAAUUUUUAUUAUUGUGUCAAAUCAAACUUUCUCACGCGUUUUUGAUUUAGUGUUUAACAUAACACUCACAAUUGGGUAACCAAAUAAAUGCAUCCUUAAAUUCUAUCCAAUCAUCACACUAUCGUAUCAAACAAUUGUUUAUUUAAAAGUGCUAUUCUUUAAAAGUAUUACUUUCAUUUUUAAAAAUAUAUUUUAAUACAUACAUAUUUUAAUUUAAUACUAUUAAUAAUUAUAUAUAAGAAAAAUAUUAUCUAACAUUUUAAAUAACAUGAUGUCAUUAUUAUAGACAUAUAUACUUAUUAUUAAUGUGAAUAAUUUUAUUACAUCAAAAUAACAUGAUUCUAUUUUAUAAUAUUUUUGAUAAAUUUGUUAUCAUACAUUGUAAAAGUUUAUUUUACCACAAAAUAUACAUAUCAUUAUUUCGUAAAUAGUUUUUAAAAAUAAAUUAAUUUAUUUUAUAUUUUCCAUCUUCUACCAUAUCAAUUUUAGAACAUGUCAUAUAUAUUGAUUUUUCGUACUUAAUUUGUCUUCAUGUUAUAAAAACAUAUGAAACAAAUUAAUUAACAGUUAUAGUAAUUGGUGAACAUGGUUUCGGAACCAGAAGAAUGACCAGCAUUUGAAAGUUAUUUGGAAGAUAUCAAGCUUCUCAAAGGAAACUUCCUCAACUCAGACAUCGUACAUGUACCUCGGACGGCGAACCUUCGGGCGGAUAGCUUAGCACGUAGUGCACGCAAGCAACUGUCCUUUGUCGUUCACAUGGAUGCGGAGUUACCAAUAUGGUAUACAGAGUCAACAUGAGUCUGUAAAUUUUUUGCUGAAAAAAAAAUACGUAAAACCCAUGUAUUUCGUCAAACAAAUAAAAAGUUAAGUAUGUAAAAGUAUAAAAUAACCAAGAAUACAAAAAAAAGUUUUAUUAUUCUUCACACAUUUGUUUUAUAUAUGUGUCAUUUCAUUUUUUUCCUAUUACAAAAAUAAGCAUGUCAAUUUUAUCUUAACUCUAGUCUUGUAUUAAUAUAUUGUUUCUGUUUCUUCAAUUUAUAUUAUAAUAAAUGAACUAGUCAUAGCUGAUUUUUAUUAUAUAUCAUAAUAAAAAUAUAAAAAAUAAAAAUUUAAUAAAUGAAAAUUCAAAUAAACGAGUUAGUUUCCUUUUAGGCGAGAAACCACCUAGAAUUUGCAGACAACCACCUAGAACUAUAGAUUUGGUUGUUCUAGAAUUAGUUUCCUUUUUAAAAUUUUAAUUUAAUAAAUAAAAAUCCAAAUACCAACAACCAAACAAAUCUAUAUUAUUAAAACAGAAACAUUGUGUUAGAUCUAACAUUUAUUUUAUAAGUUUUUAAAUUAAAUACAUCAUCCUACUUUAUAGUUAAACCUACAUUAAAUCACUAAUAUUCUUUUCCUUAUACUACUAUCAAUGUUUCCAAACAAUAUAGUCAUUUCUUUAUACUACUAUCUAUUUUCCCAAACAACACUAUAAUUAAUCUUAUGUCCAAACAAUAUAAAAUAUUGGAACUUAUCUUUUUAAUAACCAAAUAUUUAAAUAAAUUAAAUAAUUAAAAAAUAUUCAAAAAUUUAUAAUAAAUGAAAAUAAAUAAAACUUACUUUUACAGGUUUAAAUACUACAAAAACAUUUCAAUCAAUGAUAAAUCAAUUAAAUUAACAUAUUAUUUUAUUUAUAUUUACUACAUAAUGGUUCUAUCAUUUAUUUAAGUAAGAUAACAAUUUAAUAUUAGCCAUUACAUAAAAAAUAAAUAUAUAAACAUUAUACAGUGUACAAUCCUACUAUAUAAAAGCUACUAAUUUUGAGGCUUCUUAGGAGUGCCACAUAGGACAAAAAUUCCCCACCAAUCAAACUGCCACGUCAUCGCGAAUGUUUAGAUGAUGGGUCUCGAACCAUCCAAACCCUUCAAAAUAGUCAGCCCAUUGUAUAACUUAUCGCUUCCUUUUCUUUAGUCUACUCACCUCAAACGUCUCCAGCGACUCCAAAACUGUUCGUCUACCAAACUUCACCGGUGUAACUCCUACGACUACAACAAUGGCACUUCAAUGCUCCAUUAUAACUCAUCAACUGAAUACUCUUUGUACCUCUCCACAUUCCUCCUUUCAAUCUUUUGCCCAGUUCCUUAAAUUUGAUUUGUCACAAAAAGUCAGUGCAUCAGAUAGUUUUUGAAAUUCAAAUAAUACUAGGUGUUUUCCUGCACCAUGUGCAACAUAAAUUUUUUAAAAAGUUUAAUUAUAUUUAAAAUGAAAUUUAUUAAUAUUAUAUAUUUUAUUAUUUUGAUUAAUAUUUAAUAUAAAGUUGAUUAUUUUUGCGACUAUAAUGUUUGCUAUUGUGAUUAACACCUUUUUACAGUACUCUGUUUGUAUCUUUUUUUAUUAGUCUUAGUCAUGUUCAUGUUCCUUUUUUCUUUUUCUUUUUGGUAAAAUGAUUAAAAAAAAAGACUGAAGCUAAAAUUAAUCUUUUUGUUCUUGAUCAUUCACGUUAUCUUCAAAGUCAAUAGCAUGGCCAACGUAAAUGAUCGACGCUGAGAUUUCAGCUUUUCUGAUUCUUACUAUUCUAAUGUUUCAAUAUAAUUUAAAUAUUCUCUUUGUUUUAUAAUAUAAUGGUUUAAAAGUAUUUUUUGUUUCACUAUAUAAAUUUUUUUUAUAUUUUUUUGGUAGGGAAAUUGUUUUUAUAGUUCAAUGUAACUUUAUAUUUAUUGAAUAUUGUGUGGCCAAUUAAAUUAUGUAAAUUACUGUGUAAUUGAUUAAAUUUAUAUAUUAAAUGACAGUUUUCUAAAGUAAUAACUUUUAAAUAUUACAGAUUUUAAUUAAAAUUGAUUACAUUUUGAAACAGAUAGAGUAAUCUAUAAACUAACUCUAUAUAGAUAUGAGGACAAAAUUGUAAAGAGGUCUCAUCUUAAAUUUCUCUCAUAUUAUGCAUUCCUAAUUGGAAGGAGAUAAUCAACAUCUAAUUUUAUGUUACUCUCAGUAUAUUAGAAAUGGUCGAACCGUAAACCAAUUAAGGAUGAUGUAAGGAAGACAUAAAGAUGUAUUUCCAGUUAUCACAAAUAUAGAAUCAAUUGACAACAACUUAAUUAUGUCCAGCGUAGGACAAUAUAUAAGAGUUUUCAUACCUUCUAAUAUUAUAGUAUUUCACUAUAUGAGUGGUUAAAUCAGUUUUCUCUAGCACAAAUACUCACUCCAUUCUUAGAGUUUAAGCUUUUCUAUCUGAUGAUAUUAGUAAUUUGAUCCAAAAAAAAGAAGAAACGGUCGAACUGUACAUUAUAAUUAGAGAAAGAAAACAAACAAAAAUCAACCGAUGACUUAUGGUAUAUGAAACAAAAAUUGAAAAUAUCAAUUCUCUGUAAUUAAAGAAUAAUGCGAUAAAAUUGUAAAAAUACAAAAAAUAUUUAGUAAAAUAAAAUCAUAAUAUAAUUUCCAUAAUUGAUAGUGCUCAGCUACACUAAAAAGUCUAAAUUUACAACAUACACAUUUUUAUGUACAUUUUAAACCUAUUAUCAAAUUAAAAUGAUUCUAAAAAAAAGUGCCAGCACGAAGAGUUAAAAAAUAUACUAUAAAAUAUAAUACAUAACGUUAAAAAUACAUUAUCACUGAUCACUAAAAAAUCAUGUUAGUAGUAAUAAAAAUGAAAUGACAACACAUUUAUUAAAACCAUAGAAC